AUGGACGAGAAGUCAAGGAAACCCGAGGACACGCCCUUCAAGCAGCAGAAGCUUAAGGCCUGGCAACCGAUCCUCACGCCUAACUGGGUCAUCGGCACCUUCGCCGUCGUGGGCCUGAUCUUCAUCCCCAUCGGCAUCGUGCUUCACACCGAGUCGGACAAUGUGGUAGAAUAUUCGAUUCAAUAUGACGGAGACGACAUGACGUCGUCCUCUAACAUCGUGGACCAGGGAAGCGGUUGCUAUCUGAGUGAUGAGAGCGAGGGCGACUCAUUCGACGUGGAGGAACAUGGAUGUAGAAUCACGUUUAAGAUCGAGAAGGAGAUGAAGGCGCCCGUGUACUUGUACUACCAGCUAGACAACUUCUACCAGAACCACCGUCGCUACGUGCAGAGCCGUAGUGACGCACAGCUUCGCGGAGACGCCACGGCCAGUACCAGCGACUGCUCACCGCUGACCACGACCGGUACGGGCAUGUACAAGUACAACUCGACCGCAGAGACGGCCAUUGGUAACAAUGAGACCGACUACACGCUGAUGCCGUGCGGUCUGAUUGCCAACAGUCUGUUCAACGACAUUUUCUGGGUCAACAAGCUCGUGACCAACGGCAGAACGUACUACCAGAACGACACGUACGAAGGCAAGACGCUUGUGAACCUCGUGGACCAGACCGGUAUCGCCUGGAAGUCGGAUGUGGAGACCAAGUUCAAGAACAUCGACCUGAAUGAUCUUUCGGACGCGGACAACACGAUGCUACUCUGGCAGAACCCGCGUUACCGCUACAUUAUCCCCAUGUACGAGGGACAGGAGCCCCAAACGAACAAGACGGCAUGGACGACGAAUGCCCCUGCCUACGGUGUACAGGACGAGCACUUUAUUGUGUGGAUGCGUACAGCUGGUCUGCCUAGUUUCCGCAAGCUUUACGGUCGCAUUGACACAGAUCUGGCAGAGGGCACGGAGCUCGAAUUCCUCGUCUCCAGCAACUUUGUGGUGAGCACGUUUGAGGGCAAGAAGUCGAUCGUAAUCUCGACGACGUCAUGGUUCGGUGGCCGGAACCCGUUCCUCGGCAUCGCGUACAUCAUCGUGGGUGCGCUCUGCAUGGUGCUGGCCAUCCUAUUCUUCGCUAAGCACAAGCUGAGUCCACGCAAGCUGGGCGACACGCGAUACCUGGUGUGGAAGAACAACCAUUAA